CAAAACAAAAUCAAAGCAAACUAAAGCAAUUGCGCCAUUAUUUGCUGACGACUGCUAAAUGUUGCUGAAUCGCUUCCGUGUGAAUGCCAAAAUGCACUAAAGUGUUACUAAAAUUACUGCCGCUGCUACUUAAAAGCUAACGAAAUAAACCAAACAAUAAAAAACUCAGUAAACUCAGUAAAAUAGAUAAGAGUUUAGAAGUGACUAAAAUAACACUAAAUAAAACAAUCCAUAAUUUGAUAAUUAAACCGCAAACUAAAAUUAAUUUUAUGUUUUGGAAAAUUAUUUAUGUUCGUAAACUGUGCCAAAUAAAAUUUAAUUUAACAAUUUACCAGUCCAAGUCCAGAAUAUGUGUGGAAAAAAUAUUGUGUGAAAACUUAUGCAGCCAAUUUUAAUUCAAAAUGCAACUGAAGUCGCUGUACUUAAAGGAAAAUAAAGAAAAUUUUCGACCCUCGAAGAAACUGCGUUGAAUUUCGUCUCGACGUAGCGCACGACAGCAAAAAGUUAGCAAAAAUGUAAAAAGUAGUAGUGGUAGUAGUAUUAGCAUCAAUUAAGAAAAAUAGUAGUAAAAUUUGUAGUUGCAAAAUAUCUCACAGAUAAAAAGCAAUUGUGUUCCAUUAAUACUUAAGUAAAUUUAUUGUAAGUGAAUUGCAAGUAAAAACCCGUUUGACACUCCCCGCGUGCACUGUAAAAUGGCUGGACCACAAGUGCAGCACUCACAGCGACCUACAAGUGCUUAUUACACUGGUCUCAAUGGUUCGAGUGGUAUUGGUAACAACACAAUUACAACAAGCGCUUCACACACUGGCCUACAUGCACUGAGGCAAGUUUCGAAUGAAAAUGAAUUAAUCUAUCGCGGCAGUAACGGCAACACUGUGACCGACGCAUGUGCCGCAAGCACUAGUCGAGCGGUCAUACAACGGCAGCCCCAAUCCAAAAGCACAAACAGCAUCAACGUUGGAAAUGUAGUUAGUGUCAGCGGUUCUGGACCCGGUUGCAGUGAUGCAUUAAUAGUUAACGCAGCGAAUUCGCGGAAGGCAUUAUCCAACUCACAGCGUAGCAUUGAAAUAGUUGUCGAUGACACGCAAUGUGGGAAGUCCGACGAUGUUGAACAGGGGCAGACCCGCAAGGCAUCACGUCAUCGACAUCGACCACUGCAUCGACGGUUCAUAAGCUAUUUGCGCAGUCUAUUCCAAGGCAGUACCGCACAAACUGAUUCCGAAUUAGAAGAAUUUGAGACGCCAGCACGUUAUCGUCCUGAUUCCUUAAGUGCCCUCAGUCGUGCUACACGCUUCACAGAGGAUGAAAUCAAACGAAUUUAUCGCGGUUUUAAGGCUGAAUGUCCAACGGGUGUCGUCAAAGAGGACACCUUCAAAGUAAUUUAUUCGCAAUUUUUUCCACAGGGAGCAAAUCCAACCUUAUAUGCACACUACGUAUUUAAUACACUUGACCAGCAUCACAGCGGUAUCGUUAGCUUUGAGUUAAAGCAAAAAUUAGCAAAAUAUAUACGAGAAGCUUAA